UUAAAUUCGCGCCGGCACUCGUCGAGCUCGGCGCGUUGCCAGGACCCUCGGUGAAUCUGUUCAAUUGCAGACUGUCUAGCCAAACGUGUUUAGGUGUUUCAGUACGUUGCUGAUUGUCAGCAAGGUUGUCUACUUGUUAUAAUGUCUACCGUCUAGCGCUUUCGCUCACUAACGGCACAGGCCAAAAGCUGAAGUAAACAAAUGACUUUGUGGCCUAUAUAAAUGGCAAAAUCAAUAAAUAUAAUUUAAUGUGAUUUUAACCUAUAUUAUACGGAGACAACGAUUAAAAGCCGUUAAGGACUUUUAUAGAAGUGGCGAUAAUUAAAGUAUAAAAAUAUAAAAAAUGUCGGCUUUUAUGGCUUUUAAUAAUUUCGCUAGCACGCGUCGUCUGCAGCAAAUCAACAAUGAACUGAAUGCGUCUAUUACGUGUUUAGGCUUCACGGCCUUGUAGACUUUUUGGUAGUUCGCAUUGCUCUCAUUUGUCCGACUAAAAACAAAUGUGUUUUCACUUUCGUGCUGAGCUGCGUGACAAUGGCGUAUAACCGAAUUUAGCGCCAGAUUUGUAAAGCGUGUUGAAGUCGUCUUACUUUCGGUAUUUAUACUGACCAACAGGCGGAAUGUGUUAAAUGCCAGAAUAGUAAUUGUGUUAUUGUUACAUUCUUGCACUUGUGAGACCUUGACUGGGAUAUGCACUUUGCGGCUAAGAUAUGGACACCACCUAUGAGAAUCACCGCAUUUGGACAACAAACAACGGAUUCGUGAGAAAUAAUGCACGACCAGCAACAGGUAACCUUAGUAUACACAGCACUGGCUCAGCUGUAGACGAUACUUCAUAUUUGCCGGGUGCUAAUGGCUCCACCACCGCGUUAGGGAAGCGCUCACCUUACGAUGCUACGUUCGUCGGUGUGCAAUCGAAGUUUCGACGGAAAUAUUACCAGAAGACCUUGAUUGGUUUGCUCAUACUUUUGAUAAUCAUUUUAGUCAUAGCUAUAAUAGUCGUAUGUAUAAGGCGUCGCACACAGCCAGAAGUGUGUAGCAGCAAGGAGUGUCUCCGCACAGCGGCCGGCCUCAUUUACUCAAUGGACGAAGAGACUGAUCCCUGUGAGGACUUUUAUAAAUUCACUUGUGGCCGUUGGGCGGACGAUCAUCCCAAACCCGAUUCGGCCACAUCAAAUGACUGGUUUCGUGAGCGACAAGCGAAAAUUAUGCGCACGCUACGCUCCUUCCUGCAAACGAAUAUUAGUGGGGAGGAACCCGCUGCUGUGGGGAAGUCGAAAAUAAUGUACCGCGCUUGCAUGGAUACGGAAUUGUUGGAUAAGCGUGAACUAGAGCCGCUGAUACAUUUCCUCCGGAAGUUUGAGUUACCACUUUUGCCGAGCGGUUUUAAUGUGACACUGCCGGAGGAAGUGAUGCGGAAGUAUGGCGAAGACGCGAAAUUCAAUUGGUUGCGCAGCUUGGUGCUAAUUAAAAAGAAUUUAGGCAUGGAUUUGGUGGUUGGAUUUGAUAUAUUCCCCGAUCCGGUAAAUCGUACAAUUAAUCGCAUAGCUCUGGGCACGCCCGAAACGGAUUCAUCGUUGCCUUUCAACAAAGACGACAUGCAUAAAUUAUUGAAUAAAAUCAAACGGAAAGCAAUCGCCUAUCACGAAGAGGAUGAUGACGACAGUGAAGAGUUGGAGGAUGAAAUAGAGGAAUCCCAGAAGCACACCUCCUCCGGAUUGAUGACUUACGUGGCAUAUAUCAAGAAAAUGGUUGAAUUAUACGUUUUAUACCUAAAUCCCAACGCGGAGGUGGAAUCGACCGACGACGCCAUAGCCGAAAUGGCUAUACAGGCUGUGAAGUUCGCGAAAAAGUUGUACAGGGUGAAAGAUGACGCUGAAAACUUGACGAAAACUGUGACAAACCCUAUUGAGGAUAUCGUUUACAUAUCCGUCGCGGAUUUGCAAAAUCGCACCGACAAACUAACUGCCCCCAAGACAAUACUCAGCUGGGAAACAUAUCUCCAGGUUAUGAUGGAGGAAGCCAAUCAUACACAACAUUUCAAUAUCAGCGAGUUGACUAUCAUAACCAGCCAUGCGGAUAUCGUCUACCUGCAAAACCUCGUUGAGUUUCUGGCAGAGGCGCCGCCAACAAAUAUCGAAUUCUACCUUUGGCUAAGUGUUGUCGAGGAGCUGAUAUUGCACACGACCAGCGAUAUGCGGCUGCUACACUCCGAAUAUAUGCGCUUAAUAGUUGGCACCGAGGGCAGUUCACCGCGUUCACUAUAUUGCGCGCAUGGCGUCAACAGCCUGAUGGGCAUGGCUGUGAGCUAUGUGCUGGCUGACGAUGACUUCGUGCGCCAGAAAUUGCCCAAGGUGGAGCGUAUGUUGAGUGAUAUCCGACAUGCUUUCGAUAUGCUUGUGCGUCGCACCUCUUGGAUGGACGAGGAGACCAAACAUGAGACACUGCAGAAAUCGGCAUCCAUGAAAAGUUUUAUUGGCUUUCCGGAUUGGUUGCGCAAUGCAACGGCGCUGAAUGCACACUAUGUGGGCGUGCAGGUGAACGAGAGUAUGCACUUGGAGAAUAUGAUUGGUGUGCUGCGUUGGCAGAUGCAAGAUAAAUUGGACAAUCUCUAUAGACCAGAACCGUUCGGCUGGGCGACGGCACCAUCGAAUGUCAAUGCCUUUCACACUUUCCAAUCGAACACGAUAACAAUACCCAUUGCUAUACUGCAGUAUCCUUUCUAUGACCUCGGCAUGGAAGCGCUGAAUUACGGCUCUGUCGGCACAAUUUUGGGCCAUGAACUAACACAUGGGUUCGACGACAGUGGACGAAUGUUCGACAAGAAUGGCAACAUGUUACAAUGGUGGUCGAAUGAGACCAUCAAGGAGUAUAUCAAUCGCACCGAAUGCUUUGUGGACCAAUACAGUCGUUACUAUCUGCCUGAUAUUGAAGAAUAUAUCGACGGUGAGCUGACACUGGGUGAAAAUAUUGCCGAUAACGGUGGAAUGCGUGAGGCCUUUCACGCCUAUCGUAUGUACGUGAAGGAAACGGGCGUAGAGCAUAUGAAAUUGCCAGGAUUGGAGAAAUACACGAACGAACAGUUAUUUUUCAUUUCAUUCGGCAAUCUGUGGUGUGAAACAUAUACACCGGCUGCAUCGCGAUAUGCGCUCGAAGACUCUCAUUGUCCCGGGAAGAUACGUUUGAAGGGUGUGCUCUCCAAUUCAGAAGAGUUUGCGCAUACUUUCAAAUGUAAACGCGGCACUGGCAUGAAUCCGUUUGAGAAGAAGUGUCGCCUGUGGUGAGUAUUGAUAAUAGGUACAGGAGGUGAAUGAGUUGUAGUUAGUAUACUAAUUAGAAACAAUUGAUACGUAAUUAAUAAUAAAUAGUUCUAAUAUGUUAAGUGAUAAUAAAAAUAAAUUUGCUCAAAUUUCAAUAUUUUUAAUUCGAGUAAGAAAAUUGUAAAUGAAAGGCAAGAAGUUGGCCUUUACCUAUACAUUGUGGUCUGUUGAGGUGAUUUAUAAAUCAAGGUGAUUUUUUUACAAGUAUUUAUAAAAAGAUUUAUAACUCUUUCGUAUGUAAUUGCUUAUUCACAUUUCCGCUGUAUA